AUGACGCCCCAAUUUUGCUCAGCUUACAGAGAAACAGGAGGUGGUGGCCUGUUUCUCUGUAGCAGGAACAAUUCUGUCCCAUCAUCUUCCAUUAAAGGAACUGUGGUGAUGGCUGAAAGAAAUCUGAGUGUGGAGACCACCUUUACCCUCUUAGGGUUCACAGAUUACCCAGAGCUUCAGAUUCCACUCUUCCUGGUUUUUCUAUCCAUGUAUAUUAUCACUGUGGUAGGAAAUCUUGGGAUGAUAGUAAUCAUAAAGAUUAACCCCAAAUUUCAUACCCCUAUGUACUUUUUCCUCAGUCAUCUUUCUUUUGUUGAUUUCUGUUACUCCUCCAUCGUCACUCCCAAGCUGCUAGAGAACUUGGUCAUGGCAGACAAAAGCAUCUUGUACUUGAGCUGCAUGCUGCAGUUUUUCCUGUCCUGCACUGCUGUGGUGACUGAGUCCUUCCUGCUGGCUGUGAUGGCCUAUGACCGCUUUGUGGCCAUCUGUGACCCUCUGCUUUAUACAGUGGCCAUGUCACAGAGGCUCUGUGCCCUGCUGGUGGAUGCGUCAUAUCUCUGGGGUAUGUUUGGCCCCUUCGUGCUCCUUUGCUAUGCUCUCCAUCUAAACUUUUAUGGACAUAAUGUAAUCAACCACUUUUUUUGUGAAUAUACUGCUCUCAUUGCUGUCUCAAUCUCUGAUAUACACAUUCCCCACCUGCUGCUUUUUGGCUUUGCCACCUUCAAUGAGGUGAGCACUCUCAUGAUCAUCCUCACUUCAUAUGUUUUCAUUUUUGUGACUGUACUGAAAAUUCGCUCUGUCAGUGGAUGUCACAAAGCCUUCUCCACCUGUGCCUCCCACCUGACUGCCAUCACCAUCUUCCAUGGCACCAUACUUUCCCUCUACUGUGUGCCCAACUCCAAGAACUCUGGGCAAACAGUCAAAGUGGCCUCUGUAUUUUACACAGUGGUCAAUCCCAUGCUGAACCCCCUGAUCUACAGCCUGAGGAACAAAGAUGUGAAGGAGGCUUUUCAAAAGUUAAUAGACACAAAAGUCCUAUUUCACUGA